AUGGCACCAGGAGUUGCGGUGUAUGGUGAGAAGCGCAUCACUGUCGACUCUCCUGCUCCCGUUGUCGAAAACGGCGAAACUGGCGCUACUACAAAGAUCGAGUACCGCGUCUGGAACCCCUUCCGCUCAAAGAUCGCCGCUGGUAUCCUCGGAGGUCUUCAGGACAUCUACAUGAAGCCAGGCUCCAAGGUUCUUUACCUCGGUUCCGCUUCUGGUACUUCCGUUUCUCACGUCGCUGAUAUCGUCGGUCCCACUGGUACCGUAUACGCCGUCGAGUUCUCUCACCGUUCCGGCCGUGACUUGAUCAACAUGGCUACCCACCGUACCAACGUCAUCCCCAUUGUCGAGGACGCCCGUCACCCUCUCAAGUACCGUAUGCUCGUUGGCAUGGUCGACUGCAUCUUCGCCGAUGUUGCCCAGCCCGAUCAGGCCCGUAUCGUCGGUCUCAACGCCCACUUGUUCCUGAAGGUCGGCGGUGGUGUCCUUGUCUCCAUCAAGGCCAACUGUAUCGACUCGACCGCUGCCCCCGAGGCCGUCUUCGCCCGUGAGGUUCAAAAGAUGAGAGAGGAGCGCAUCAAGCCCAAGGAGCAGCUCACCCUUGAGCCCUUCGAGAGAGACCACGCCAUGGUCGCUGGUAUCUACCAGCGCGCCGCAUAA